AUGUUUCUGAUUAAUUUUCAAUGCUGUAUUGAAUGAUCUUUUACUUUUAAUUAUUAUUAUUAAUGGAUAUUAAUUAUAUUAAAUUGUGAAUUUUUGUCCGUAUUCGUCUAAUUUUAACUAUCAUAAAAUCUAAUUUUAGAAAUUUCAGAGUUCAGCAUUGUUGUCAGUUAUGACGUAGUAAGGAGCGCGUGCGUAAGGAGCGCAGCCAGCUGCUCUUCAGGAAGGAAGGAACUACACGCAGACGAUUUAAACGUGCGCACAAUCCUCUUGUUUGCAAAUGUUUAAGAGAAACAACUUUUAUUCAUUAAAAGGAUUGAUUCAAGUGUUCUGUUGCUAAUAAAAAACGCUUAGACGACGAAUAAUUUCACCGUAGAAAUAAGAGAAAUAUAAAAUGGCUAGCAGCUAAAAAUGUAUAUGCUGUGGCCACAAUGUCCAAAAAAGAAGUUCCGAGAGUAAAGAAAGGAGUACAACAUCACCUUUAUGGGUCUGGAAAAGCUGCAUCCCUUCGACGCUGGCAAAUGGGGCAAGGUCAUUCACUUCUUGAAAGAGGAGCAGUUCAUCACCGAUGAGGUCAUUGUUCUAGCCCGGGAGGCCAGCGAGGCGGAUCUUCUAGUGGUUCACACUGCGCGCUACCUGAACAGACUCAAGAACGCUAUCUUGGAGGGCUCCAGAGAGUGGUCGCUGGUGGUUGCCACCAUCACAGAAAUCCCACCUCUCCUGUUCCUGCCCAACUUCCUGGUACAGCGCAACGUUCUAAAACCUUUGAGAACACAAACAGGAGGAACCAUUAUGGCUGGAAAGCUGGCAAUGGAUCGAGGAUGGGCAAUAAAUGUGGGAGGAGGCUUCCACCACUGCUCUAGUGACAAAGGAGGAGGUUUCUGUGCCUACGCUGACAUCACACUGGCUAUCAAGUUUCUCUUUGAGAGGGUGGAGGGAGUUGCCAGGGCCACCAUCAUCGAUCUAGAUGCCCAUCAGGGAAACGGCCAUGAGCGGGAUUUCCUGGAAGACAGACGCAUUUACAUAAUGGAUGUCUAUAAUCGCCACAUCUAUCCAGGAGAUGGAUAUGCAAAGAGGGCGAUUAAACGAAAAGUGGAGCUGGACUGGGGCACAGAAGACAUGGAGUAUCUACAGAAGGUGGAGCUCCAUUCAGAAGGGGCGCUGAAUGAAGUAAAGCCAGACAUCAUCAUAUACAAUGCAGGCACAGACAUUCUUGAUGGAGACCCUCUGGGAGGUCUGGCUAUAUCCCCACAGGGUAUCGUAAAGAGAGAUGAGAUCAUCUUCAGGGCAGCCCGUCGAAGAGGAAUCCCCAUCCUUAUGGUGACGUCAGGGGGCUACCAGAAGAAAACCGCUCGUAUUAUUGCCGAUUCCAUCUUGAAUCUGCACAGACAGGGUUUGAUUGGUGAAGAGGCUGUAGAAGGUAGAAGCCCCUCAAAUGUCCCGCUCAUGAUGAGCAAAUCUGUGUCAUCAGGGCCCACAGUCAGUGCCAUUUAAACUCUCCUGAUCUUGGACCUUGUCAAAGACUCUGUUCUUUUACCUAAUACAAACAUUUAGGAUUAAUAUAUAAUGCUCUGGUCAGGGAUCUAAUGGUUUGGUAGUUUAGACUGAGAUUGACUCAGGAUAGUUUUCUUAGUUCAUUGAUUUGAACUAUUUAACUCGUAUGUUGCAUUUUUUUGAGUUUGGGUAAUAUUUUCUUUUUUCCAUCAUUUCCCUGGGGGUCUUUUAUGCAAUGCUUGUGGGCACAAUAAAUUUUCAAUGGAAUAGCUUACCCAGAAAUAAAUUUUGUCAUCAUUUGCUCACACUCAUUCCAAAUCCAUUCAGUUUUAUUAUAUGGAAAAGAACAAUUCCCAUUUUGUGUUCCACUGAAGAAAGACAAUUAUACAAGUUUGGAAUGACAGAAUUUUUUCAUUUGGGUGAACUAUUCCUUUAAAACCAUUUUGAUUGGUGCCCACAAGUAGUCAUUGAAAGGGAAUUGAUUUAUUUUCAAUUUGUAAAAUUUAUUGUGAUUGGCAUAUUGUACAUCCAUACAUUUCUCUAGAAAUCCCCAGUUUGAGAUACAAACACAAGACAAAUAUACCGUAUGCCAGGAGUUUAUUUUAUUGAGCGAUUUGUGGCAGCUCUCUGUAACACUAUAUUAGAUUUACUCAAAAUUAAAUUAUACCAUUAUGAAUCAAUUUUGGAUACAUUACAGAUUCCUCUUUGCGUCGACCUGCUCUGCUAUCACGCCUUAAAUUAUUCUGUGGCAUUGAAUGGAAGUUGCUCUUAGGACGUGUUUUUGUGACCAGUUGGUUUUAGCAACAGGCUUGAAUUCUCAUUUGUGUGCAUCAGCAGGUGGACCACUGUCAGGCUAAGUGCUUUCUAUCAUAUUACGCCUGGCAGGCUUUUGAAACAUCUUCAGGCUGAGGCCGUGCUCUCUCUAUUAGGAAAUGAAACUCUUCAUUGGAGAGUAAGAGAGACACUGCAGUUGGUUACCAGUGACAGUUCUAAAGCUGUGAUCUCGUCUGCCUCAAUUUAACAAAAUGUUUCCUGUCAUCUAGAGAAUAAACAGGAGAUGAUGACACUGUAUUCUUUUUAUGUUCAGAUUUUAAAUUGUAGUAUUUCUAUUUUUAUUUUUAUUUUUUUAUUUUUAUUUUUAGAUAUCAAGUGUAGUCUAGUCAACUAUUUUUACUAGAGUUCAUUACUCCACACCUAUGAAUUUGUCACUUUGUUGGCAUUAUAAGCUUUGAGUUUAUUUAAAGAUAAGGUUCUGCCCAAAACAAUCUAUUCACCCACAUGUUUUUCCAAAUCUGACUUUAAAGGACAAGUAUGGAGGGCAUGAUGGAAAAAAAAAUGAGAUGGGAGGAAACAUUUCAAUGCUUUGAAUAUUGUGAUUGCUCACAAGGUGAUAAUAUGGGGAAAUAAUAUGGUGAAAAACUAUAUUUCAAUGCUUAUGCAAGUGAAAGUAAAAUUUCUUGGGGGAAUGCAAUACUUUUGCAAGAGAAUGCAAAUGUUUUGCAAGUAAACAAAGUUUACAAAGGAUACAAAGUUUCUUAGUCGAACGCAGAAGUUUUGCAAGUCAACGUAAAAAAAACAGAUCUGAAAAAAAUGUUGGUGAGAAAAGUAUGAUAGACUUUUCAUUUUGUUAAUGAACUAUCUCUUUUAUUCUAUUUUUUUAAGGCUUAAGGUUGGUAUUUAGAAGGUUGUCUUCUUAAGGAGUGACUAAUGAGCUUUGUGGUAGGCACUUCUUCUCAGGUUUGAGGUUUAAUGUUAAAGGUUUCUUUGAUCAUCCCAACCACCCUUACCUAGCAAAGCUGCAUUACCCAUCGGUGUGAUUUUGGGGUGGAUCUAUAUUUCUUUCUGACUAAUGGCAGAUAAGGGCUGUAUCCGAAAUCACAUAUUAUAGAUGACUCUUUUGAAUAAGUGAAUACUUGGCAUUCAAUAAAAAAAUAGAUAGUAUAAUUGCGUAUAUUGUGAAUGUAAUGCGGACGUCAACCAUGCAAUUUUUGCCUACUGUUUUUUGAGCUUUGUUUUAUGAACUACUUUGUUCACUUACUGUUUUUGGCUACAAUACAUUAGUGAAAUAUGCGAUUUUGGGUGCAGGCAAAAUAUCCUGUGGCACAGAAACAACAUUUUUUACGUUAUUUUUUAAAAACCUACUAAAAUGAAUAUGCUUGUUAUUUAUUUUGUGACUUGUUUACUGUGAUAGCUCCCAUUCCAUGUAUCCUGGUUUGAGACUUGGGUAAUAAAAGUUAAGAGAGCAGAGGACUAAUUUAGUGAGGUGUUUACUCUUUUGGGAAUGGCCAAAUUUGAGCAUUAUUAAUGUUGUUUUUGGUUCUGGGUUAAGGUUAUGAGUCUGCUAUUGCUCUUGGGUGCUGGAGGUAUCUUGGUAAUGGACACUAAUGAGUGUAGUAGGGCUCUUUUCAUUCCUUUCCUUUCUUUUACUCUUUAAUGAAAGCUGUCAAAAAGAUGAAAAUGGAGGUCACUUGAAAGAUGUGAACCCUUGAGGUCUAGCUAGCAGUUUAAUGGAUCUGUACAUGAAAAGGACCACCUUGGUCCUGUUUAAACAAAUGACUUACGGAUGAGUAUUUCAUGUGCUCAUUUCAUAAUAGCAUUUUUUUUCUCUUUUUUUCCUUUCUCUCAGAACACUAAACAUCUUAUGCACUUAUUGUGAUCUGUGCCACUUUAAGAAACCUAUAUUAAUUUUAUUACUUUGCCUUGAGAUGUUUUUAUAUAUAUAUAUAUAUAUAUAUAUAUAUAUAUAUAUAUAUAUAUAUAUAUAUAUAUAUAUAUAUAUAUAAAACUACUUAAAAUUUAAGUAGUACUCUUAUUUACUCUUACAUUCUGGUAAAAAAAAUGUAUAGCUUGAAUGCACUAUAAGCUUUGGAUAAAAGCGUCUGCUAAAUGCAUAAAUGUAAAAUGUAAAUCGAAUCAUAUCUUGUCCAUUUAAACCAGUGUUUUAUGUUUAGAGAUACUUCAUUACUUGGGUAAAUUACAGUACAUUUAAUCAUCAAUCUAUAGUAAUGGUGUUUUGUUAACAUCUAACAAAUGUCCCAAAUGUCUUCAUGUUGUGUUUGACAUGUUCUUUUGUACUUUUUAUUUAAUACCAUUUCCAUGUAAGAACAGGGAAAAUAAAUCAAGUCUAACAAUGCAA